CCAUAUUCCGUUCUUGGUCCGCCAUCUGAUCGGGUCAAUCCCAUCAUUGGUGCUUUCAUUGAGAUAAUACUGUGAGAUAAGGCUGUGAGAUAAUGGCCGGACGAAGGACGAGACGUAACCCUGCUACUUCUGCCCAGUCAACGGUAAGGAGUGACAACCCUGAGCAGGGUAUGAUUGUUCCUGUCAAUGGGUUGGAAACAGCGCUAAAUAAUGUGGCUAACAUGAUGGCCAACAUUAUGGAGCGAUUGGAUAAGGCUCUUCCAGGUCCAUCCGGAACCCGGGAUAUCCCACCCGGGCAACCCCGCCAGGUCCUGCGUACUGCGAGUUCUCCUGUCCUACAGGAGCUCCACGAUCCGGAGGAGGUUGAAAGGGAAAGGCGAGCCAUUGACAGACGCCGGGCAGAGGAAUUGGCCCGGAACAACAAGGUGAACGAAGGCCAAGCUAAGGAUCCAAGCCGGAUCUUCGGCGAUGGACACAAAAAUCCGCGGGGAUCUGUCUUUGAAAGGAUAUCUUGCCAGAAAGCUCACGUUAGUGAGAGACUCGGGAAGAAUCCGGAAAAGGCACCCCAGGGUUGGAUACGACCUCAGGCCAGCAAGGUGGCAUCCUCCAGUCGCGAACCCCGGCAGCGCAAUGAUCGAGGCGUGAGCCAAGUGCCGGUCCUGUCAUUGCGGAACCUGGAGGAGGACGAGGUCCAAAGCCAAGCCAGGGUCCCAGCACCGCGGCGUCUGGGACCGCCGGUGCUGGAAGCCGGUGAAUUUCAAGACCUGAGAGAGCAGAUCCAGGAGAUGCAGAGGAAGAUAAACAAGGGUCGAGUGUUCACUACUCGAACGAAUACUCCCUUGGCUCCAGAGAUCUUUGCGGAACCAUAUCUGCAGGGAUUCAAAAUGCCAUUUGUCAAGCGUUAUGACGGCGAAUCAGACCCCCAAGAGCACAUAAAUAGCUAUGAGUUGGAAGAUUAUCUUGGGCAGACCCGGAUUGGAAGAUUUGGAGCAACCAAACAGCCCGUCAAAUACGAUACCCAAGUGGGAGAGGUCACUGCACAGCUCUUGAGGGCUGAGGAAAAACGUCCCAGAGUAGAAGUUGUCGGCGACAUCGAAGAAGUGGAAUUGGAGCCAGGCACGCCGGGAAGGUUGGUAAGGAUCGGCAAGGACCUGGGGGCUGAACUCAGAUCACGAGUGAUUGCAGUCCUCAGGAGGUUCAGAAGGGUCUUUGCAUGGAGUCCAGCUGAUAUGCCAGGGCUGGACCACAAGAUUGAUGUUCAUCGCCUAAAUGUUCUGCCGGAGGCAAAACCGGCUCACCGGAUUAUUGUGCUCACCAAUGAGCCAUUGGCGUCACUUAGCCGGAGCCCGGCGGCAUCGGCCCAGAUGACCAAGUGGUCGGUCUUUAUCAGUCAGUACAACGUGGAAUUAGGACCACGCCCAUCCAUCAAAGGGCAAGCACUCGCUGAUUUCCAAGUCGAGUGCACCACUAGGGAAAUGACGAGAGCCCAGGUUGACACCCGGAUGGAGAAAGAUUGGUGGAUAAUGUGCAUCGACGGAUCUUCCGGGUCUCGAUCUUCCGGGUCUCGAUCUUAUUACGCCAUCAGAUUUCAGUUCCGUGUCUCCAACAAUGAAGCUGAGUAUGAGGCCCUGAUCAAUGGUUUGAAGAUUCUUGGUAAGAUGGGAGUAUCCAGGGUUCAAGUCUACAGCGACUCCCGACUUGUGGUGGGACAAAUCACAGGGGAGUUUGAGGCAAAGGAAGAGAGGAUGAAGAGGUACCGGGACUUGUCUCUAGAGAUGUUGGGAAGGUUUGAGUUUAAGCUUGAACAUAUACCCCGGGCCCAGAACGCAGAGGCUGACGUUCUGUCUAAGCUCAGCGCAGAAUCACCGGAAUACAUAAGCAGAUUAGCAACUGUCGAAGAGCUGGUAACCCCGAGUCUUAGUAACAAUGAGGUGAUCUGGGUAUCAGCUGAUCCCCCGGAAUGGUUGGACCGAUUGGCCAAAUACAUUGAGGACGGUGAAGCCCCGGAGAAUACCCAGGAAGCGCGUCUAUUACGAAUGAGGGCACCAACCUACAAGGUGCAGGACGGAGUCCUCUAUAAGCGGUCUUACAACGGUGUCCUACUCCGUUGCCUUAGAGCAACAGAGGCGAAGGCAUUGAUGGAAGAAAUACACGAAGGAAUAUGUGCCGCACAUCAGGGUCCUUAUUCCAUUUCCAGGAGGGCUAUCAUCCAGGGAUAUUUCUGGCCAACGAUGAGGAAGGAUUGCGAAGAGUAUGUACGCAAGUGCCUGACUUGCCAGCAAUUCCAGAAUAUACCCGGGAGACCAGCCACUAACUACACACCCAUCAGCUCCGUGAUUCCCUUCUCAAGAUGGGGGAUUGACCUUGUGGGAGCCCUGCCAAAAGGGGCGGGGCAGGCAAGAUGGAUUGUGGUGGCGAUAGACUAUUUCACAAAGUUUGGGGUCCCGAAGCAGAUUAUAUCAGACAAUGGAACCCAGUUUGAGGAAGCAGAAUUUCAAGACUUUCUCAAAACUUGGGGAAUUCAGCACACAAAGGUGUCUGUUGCAUACCCUCAGGCUAAUGGACAAGUGGAGAACGUCAACAGAACAAUCAUAGACGGAAUAAAGAAGAAGCUACUUUCAGAAGGAAGCAAAUGGGUCGAUGAACUGCCCAGAAUCCUGUGGACAUACAGGACGACUCCGAGGAGAGCCACGGGUGACACUCCUUUUGGCUUGGCAUAUGGUUUUGAAGCACGGGCCCCUGCCGAGGUAGUAAUCCCCACCAGGAGAGAAAUGGAAUAUGACCCGGAGGUGAAUGAACAGAACCAGGCCGUAGAGCUGAAUUUCGUAGAAGAACGAAGGGAUGAAGCACGCAUCCGGGCAGAAAAUUAUCGUCGUCAGGUGAAAUCUUACUUUGAUAGCAAGGUGAAACCAAGGGCAUUCCAGGUGGGGGAUUAUGUUCUGAGGAAACGAGAGAAGAGUCAACCGACUAAAGGUGGGAAGCUGGCGAAGAAGUAUGAAGGACCUUAUAUCAUCAAGGCCGUAGUUCGCCCAGGCGAAGUCUUGAAGAGUCAUGGAGUCCCAGUCUAUUUCCCCGGAGGGAAGCCUGGGUGGACUGGGAGGAGAAGGUACAGGAAGGCGGGGCACCGGAUAAAGCCUCGAGAACUCGCCAGGACUCAACCCGGCCAUGUCGUUGGACUGGGCUGGGGAGAUGGGGAGGUGGCUGUCCAUACAACUGCUGAGGGGAAGGGGAACUCUGAGAAGAAGGCCUCGCACCAGAGACCAGCCGGGAAGCUCCUGAGUGGGGAUUGCGUCUCUUCUGUGGACGAGAAGUGCCAGGACAGCCAGAAGAAACUUCCGCCCUGGCACCGUUAGGAAGCACGUCGGGACCCGGAGGGACACUCCCCGAGACCUGUGGAGGGAGAUGAGGGUUAUUCUCUUCUCUGGGCAAGGGAGAGGUUACCGAUUGUUCAGAGGCAAGAGAAGGCCCGGAAGAAAGCUCAGGUGUUGGG